AUGUCUUCCGCACUCAGAAUCGCCCGCGUCGCUCGUCCCGCUGUCGCCAACGUCCAGGUUGCACGCUUCUCGAUCGCCUCCCGCAUGAUGGCUGCCGGCGACACCGGUGCCACCAGAUCUGGCGGUGCUGCUAGCGGAGACGCAUUCAGCAAGCGCGAGGAGGCCUCUGAGAACCUCUACGUCAAGCGUCACGAGCAGGAGAAGCUUGAGCAACUCAGACAGAAGGUCAAGGCUGGCGAGGCUCAGCUCGCAAAGGACAAGGCCGACCUUGACAAGGCCCAGAAUAUACCGGUGCACGGACCAGAUGGCUGUCUCAACGCCGGAUCCUCGAAGAACGAACGAACGAACAGACAACCCGAUAGACCACAUAUCGAAUCACCGAUGCCGCCGCUCGAAAGCAUUUUCAAAAGCUUCUCCGGAACAUGGAAGCUUCAUCGCUCGCUCACCAGCGCCCUACCUGGCUUUCCCUCCGGAACAUUUACUGGCACUGCCACUUUCAAGCCUCACAGCGCGUUCGACUCUCUAUCUCUACUCUACCACGAGACCGGAGAACUGGUCACGGAACAAGGCUACAAACUCUUGGCCAACAGAAAAUACAUAUACCGCUUCAGUCCCGACGACGAAAAGAUCUCAAUCUGGUUCGUCAAGGAGCCUGCGCCAGACGAGAACGAAGAGGUCGACUACCUGUUCCACGAACUUGAAUUUUCUCUUCUUGACCAACGAUGGAUUGCCAAGGGAGAUCAUUUGUGCGAGAAAGACAUGUACUGGGCUUUCUAUGACUUUAGAUUGGACAACAACAUGGAAAAAUGGGGUCUGCGAUACAAGGUCAAAGGCCCUCAGAAAGACUAUCUCAGCGAUUCUGCCUAUGAGCGCGUCGCUUGA